GCGGAGAGUGAAACAAACAUGGCGACAGACUGGAGUGGGCAGGGGUAUAUUCUAACUUUGAUCGUUUUUCUAUGGAGCUCAACAGCUGGACGAAUGGAGGCAGCAACCGCAGAGGUCAGUAACAGCCAGAUCUUGGGCAUGCGGCUGGUGUGGAGCAACAAGUCGGCCACGACCACCAACGAGGGAAUCAUCCAGGUAACAGAGGGCAGUGAGGUCCAGCUCAGGUUUUACGGGCUGCAGCUAAACUCGGGCACCUGGUCACAGAUCAGGUUUACGGAACACGGAGACGGAGUGGGAGAGGGCGAAAACAAUGCCUUUAGCCACUCUUUUAACAGGACUUGCGCCGAUUUCACCAAAGACAUCGCGAUCAAUAAUUUCAUGAACGUCAGCAGCCAGGGCACCUCCGGGGUGCUCAAAUUAGCCAUCAAGACGCUCCGCAAGAGCGAAGAGUCCAAGGAGUACAGCUUGUGCGUGAAACGCAGCCCGGAAGGCGAGUGGAACCUGUUCGGGGAGAACGAUGGCAAGCUGAAGGUGGUGGAGGAGAAGUCGUCGCUGCUCCCGCUCUGGCUGCAGAUCAUAUUGAUCGCCCUGCUGCUGUUACUGUCCGGCAUGUUCAGCGGACUGAACCUGGGGCUGAUGGCUUUAGAUCCCAUGGAGCUCCGCAUCGUGCAGAGCUGCGGUACGGAAAAGGAGAAGAAGUACGCCCGCAAGAUCGAGCCCAUCCGCAGGAAGGGCAACUACCUUCUGUGCUCGCUCCUGCUGGGCAACGUGCUCGUCAACACGACCUUGACCAUCCUGCUGGACGACCUGAUUGGAUCUGGCCUGGCUGCGGUGGUGGCCUCCACCAUCGGCAUCGUCAUCUUCGGGGAGAUCAUGCCCCAGGCGCUGUGCUCUCGCCACGGCCUGGCCGUGGGGGCCAACACCAUCGUGCUGACCAAGUUCUUCAUGCUGCUCACCUUGCCCAUGUCCUACCCCAUCAGCAAGCUGCUGGACUGCGUGCUGGGCCAGGAGAUUGGCACCGUCUACAACCGGGAGAAGCUGGUGGGGAUGCUCAAGGUGACGGAGCCCUACAACGACCUGGUGAAAGAGGAGCUCAACAUGAUCCAGGGGGCGCUGGAGCUGCGGACCAAAACCGUGGAGGACGUCAUGACCCCCCUGAGCAACUGCUUCAUGAUCCACAGCGACGCCGUGCUGGACUUCAACACCAUGUCCGAGAUCAUGGAGAGCGGCUACACCCGCAUCCCGGUGUUCGAGGACGAGCGCUCCAACAUCGUGGACAUCCUGUACGUCAAGGACCUGGCCUUCGUGGACCCAGACGACUGCACCACGCUGAAGACCAUCACCAAGUUCUACAACCACCCGGUCCACUUCGUCUUCCACGACACCAAGCUGGACGCCAUGCUGGAGGAGUUCAAGAAAGGUAAAUCCCACCUGGCCAUAGUCCAGAAGGUGAACAACGAGGGGGAAGGAGACCCCUUUUAUGAGGUGCUGGGGCUGGUCACACUGGAGGACGUCAUUGAGGAGAUCAUCAAGUCCGAGAUCCUGGACGAGUCUGACCUCUACACCGACAAUCGCAAUCGGAAGAAAGUGACUCCGAACAAGAACAAGCGCGACUUCUCCGCCUUCAAGCAUGAGAGCGAAUCAAAGGUCAAGAUAUCGCCUCAGCUGCUGCUGGCCGCCCACCGUUUCCUGGCGACAGAGGUCAGCUUGUUCAGCCCGAGCCAGAUCUCGGAGAAGGUCCUGCUGAGGAUCCUGAAGCAUCCCGACGUCAUCCAGGAGAUCAAGUUCAAUGAGAGCGACAAGAAGUCGCCCCAGCACUACCUGUACCAGCGUGGCAAGGCUGUGGACUACUUCAUCCUCAUCCUGCAGGGCCGGGUGGAAGUGGAAGCGGGCAAUGAGAAUAUGAAGUUUGAGACGGGGCCUUUCUCCUUUUAUGGUGUAAUGGCUCUCGGCACCACGUCCAUGGCUCGCUCUCUCUCAGUGAGACUACCUCGACCUCGCCACCUCUCUCUAAAGAGGGGCUCUCUGUUCUCUCGGUUCUCAGAGUUCCGCUCUCCCUCUCACCUCAGCGGCCUGAAUCGCUCUGUGUCUCUCAGCUGCACGGAGCGUUCCGAGUCUCUCUCCGUCAGCGGCAGCAACAACCAGCUCAACAGCGCCCCCUCUCCCCAGUACAUCCCCGACUUCUACGUGCGCGCUCUGAGCGACCUGCAGUUUGUCAAGAUCACUCGCUCUCAGUAUCAGAAUGGCCUGAUGGCGUCUCGUCUGGACAGCACGCCACAGUCCCCGGAGAGUGGUCACACCCGUUUGGAGCCCCCCGAAUCCGCUGUCCCCGAGCCCAUUGAGAAUGGCCCCGAUGAGACCACUAGCCUCCUGAACGAGCAGAACUGCGUCCCUCGCCGGUCCAACCACAGCAGCCACUCCGAGAGCACCAUAUGACCACCGCCACCCCCCUGAUUAGGGGGACCCCCGGACUUCCGGGGAUGCCGCUGCUCCCUGACAAACACACACAUGCCCGAGCACAUGCUGCACUCCUCCUGGGCAUGCUGACAGACAGGCGUGUGUGGGUACAGUGCGCAGACCCUCCUUUCCAACACCUGGCUGUUAACUCCCCGAGGUCUUGUAACACAAUCACUGUGAGUAUCGAAUCACACUCCUUCCUCCUCUCUACACCCAUGAGACUACUGAAGUCUGCCUCAGGCCAUAGCCCUGGACCACACAUGUUGUGGGAAUUAUAUGACUCCCCUGCCUGACCCACCCUGGACAGUGAAGACCCCUUCGGCUCAUGAAUCCGGGAUUGGUUCACAUGCCCAGCGGAAGUCAUUGAUGUUUGGUUUAUAAUGAACCCCCUCAGCCAGUGGGUAGUGCGCUCUGUCCCUACAGAGAACUGUAAUUAGUCUGCGUGGCCCAUCAGCUCUUCCCUCAGUGUUUCAGACACUGAAGGGAUUGGGGUGUUUGUGAUGCGUCAUGUGGUGGGAAAUUGAAGAGGAACUGUUCCCAUCCUCAAAAAAAACGCCAGGAGACAACAGGUGUAUCAGUAACUCAGCCUCCCAAACAUCUGAUCACCCAUCCGUCCCCCACCUCGUCUCCAUGUCUUUAGGGCCUAAGGAGAGUCUGGAAAAGGAAACGUUUUCAUCUGGACUCCCAGGUGUAGCUGAACUCGAGGAGACAGGAAUGCUGUCGUAGGAAGGGGUGCGAUGUCUCUGCUGCGUGUCUGCCUCUGGCCGCACUCGGCAACCACAGCACUGCUUCUCUGGUCCUCAUCUGGUUGAACACCCGGAACCAUAAAACACUAACGGGCACAGUCGUGUAAGGAAAGGGGAGAUCGAUACAAGCUGUAAAGUCUAAAGCCUUGUACACAGUGGUGCAGUCUGUUGCUUUACCUGAUGUGGUUAGUUGAUCCACUGGGCUUUUCUCCCAGAGAAAAUGUUCAAUUGACUCUAAACAGAAGAAGGAGCUCUUCGCUAAAAGUGGAGCUCAGCCUGAUGCCCCCAUAAAGGCGACAAACAAUGGAAGAUGAAUUAGAAGGGUGUGUAGAAAUGCACAGCCCACCCUGUUGCACCUACCAGCAUACUGUACUGUCUCACAGCCAGAGACAGGCAAGACGCGUCCAUGGCUGAUGUACCUUUCUUAAAGAGGAAUACACUUUACAGGCUGGUUAUCAGUGAGAAUAUUGGAGAAUAUUGGUGUCGUGGAACAUCCCAAAAGCACUACAUGCCAAGAGUUUUAUUUUGUAACGUUUUUAACUUUAAAACAAAUUCUGUAAAAUAAAAAAAUUAGUUAACGUCCGAACAGACAAGGCAUGUAAUGAUCCUUUAUUACUGAGACCUGUGAGUGCAGCCUGUUUGAAUAGGAUGGGAUGCCAGUCUGUUGCGGGAUACCAGCCUCUGGCAGGUGGCAGCAAACGGGAACACCUGGGGAAAAACCCACGUGGAUAUGGGUAGAAGAUGCCAAGUCGACACAGAAGGCCCCCCAGGACAGAAUCGGACCCAGGACCCAAGAGGUGUGAGGCAGCAGUGCUAACUGGCAGGCUGCCGGCUAUUCUUAAGUGUUGCUGAAAAGUCUCCACCAUUGAGCACAGCAAGGAAAGGUGAAAACGAGUUCUCUUUUAUGGAACUAUGAUGUGUUACAGUAUGUAAAUAUACAUGGGAAAUACGACAGCCUCAGCAUCCACAUGGUGCAGCAAAGAUAUUCUUGAUCUCCACUGUAGGUAUCAGGACGUCGGUUUCGUUCUGAGUGCGUGUAUCUAUCAGUGGCUCCUUCAGUGUCAUCCUAGAGGGUGCUGGCGCUUGGGUUUUGUCCUGUUAGGGUGGGCACUGUCUGCCACCUUGCUGUUAUUAAUGGAGACUGGUCCAUCUGCAAGUCCUUACAAGCUGUGUCAAUGACAGUGAGUGUGUGAUUCUCAAAAUGACUUUAUGGCACCUAUCAAUAACGACUAAAGGACCAAAAGAAAACGGGGAACAGCGAACAGUGGGCUCAGUGUCCUGUUCUCAUCAUCGGCCCUUCUCAUGUUCUCAAGAGCGGAACAUGGCUGGGGGUCAGAGGUCAGGCGUCAGCCGGUGACUUUCAGUGAUGUGGCCAGGGAGGGCUGGCCUGGCGGAAAUGUUUCCCUUUGAGGAGGAAAGGGGGGUUAAAGGAAGCCCUCAGGUUUUAAAGACUAGAAUUUUAAUGUUUUGUACUCAAUCACUUCUUCUCAUUAACAGGCAAAAGGCAGAUAUCUCAGAAUAUCACUUCAAAGGGCAGUGCAGUGGGAAAUGCAGGGAAAAGCUGCAUGGGCCCUUUCAAAUGCUUCUUUCUGAAAGAAUGUUUUUAAGAUCUUUUCUGGACGCGGGAGUUCUGUUGCUCCCGUGGUUGUUUUGUAAUCAUGUCUCUGUACUCCGCCGAGUCCUGGUGGCCGUUACUGUAGGUCUGCACCUGCCUCGGCCGAGCUCAGUGUCCGAACCCCAGUCCAAACCCCAGCGUUGGCGAUCCUGCUCCUCUCUUGGUUUCCUGCGGAUGUCCCACUCCAGGGGUCAGCACGCGGGUGGGCAGGAGUCUGCUGGACAGCCGUGGGAGCGAGCCGGAGCGCGCGCGUGCGCUCUGGAACUCGGUGGGGGGGGGUGAUGGGAAAGCACACCUGCCAUCCUUCCAAACCGCAGCGCGUAAAUACCCCCUAAAUCAAAACGUGUUCAAAAACCAAAUCAAUUACCUGUGACUCUGUUCUCCCAAAAGCUGGCUCUUCAAAGGUUAGUUCUCAACAUUUCUCCGGCAAACACAGGAUCCUAACAUUCCAAGGGCAUAUCGACAAAAAUAAAGAUUGAAAUGAUGGCCAGGCCUUCCUUAAACCUUUACAGACUCACAGCCACUCCAUUUACGUGGAGGAUUAAUCUGAAGGAACCUGGUUUGGGAGGGAGAGGCUACACACCGUGUGUACUCGGGUGUUGGUACGUAUACUGUAUGUGCUCGCAGUGGUUCCAAUCACAAUGUGUACAUCACAGGGCAGAUAUCUGGGACCGCUGGGUGCACACUGCACAAUGAAGUGAGAGGUCACAAAUUAACAGUUCCCGUUUGCACCUUGUAUUUGUAUGUACUGUAUGUAUUUGUGGGAAGCAUUCGUCCAUUUUAAUCUUCACAACCUACUGGAGCUACUGUGACUGACAGUCCCAUGGCUUCAAUACUGGGGCCAGGUUUUUUUUUCCAAAUACUUCUUUGUCCGUAUCCACAUGUGCUUUUAUAACCCAUGUGAUGUGUUCAGAAUAUUGUUUUAUGUUGCUGCCGUGAAGGAUGGACAAAUCUGAAGACGUAUGCGGGUCGAGACGCACAGUCAGCCUGUGCGUUGCUCCUCGGACACCUGGCAUGACUUCGGUCUGGCCUGUGUUGUCUGAGUGAGAGCAGUUCUGGUCAGGAAGGGGUGCUCAGUCGCUGACGGAGCAGGUCAGGGUUGAAUUGAGGCAGAUUGGUGUCGAGAGCACUGACAUUUGACUGGAGUUCCCAAGACGGGUGACAUCUGGAUAUUGUGAAGUCCUGCACAAUCAGAGCUUUGAACUCCUUAAUUUCCAAAUGCCACAAGAGGGGCACAGUGAAAACAGUUACACCGGGAAUCUUUUUUCUACAGAUAGGCUGUUGGAGCUUUUCUCAAGUAUUCUGAAGGAAAAGAAAAGUACUGUGGAAGUGAGUCAGGGUGUGUGUGUGUUUGCAAUGCUUCUUUGAAGGAGAAUAACUCCUGCACUAACAAUAUUAAUAAUAUUCUUGGUAAUAAUAAUAGGUAGUGUAUGAUGACAAUGGGUUGUCAAGAUUCAGGAGAUUGGAGAGUGAUAGACUGCUCUCUGGAGUUCUCUUUGGGAGAAGGCAGUACAGUCACUGUGGGGAGUUUGUGAGCAGGGGAGUGUAUAGAGUGUAUUGACAUGAAUUCCACAGGACUGUAAAAUAAUAGAUUAUAUAUAAAUACAGUAUAUAUACAGAAGAUUUACAAUAUUUAUUUUGCAUAAGAUUUAAUUUGUA